AUGGCCUACGCUGCCGUGGUUUCUCUUCUGAAUAUUCUGGAUGAGCUCCAACAUCCGGAUCCACUUCAAAGCAUCCCAUAUCCUAGGGCACAAGUCCAACUCCUCCAUGAGAAGCUCAGCUACUUGCAACAAUUUCUCGAAAUGACUUUCUCUGGCGGAGAUCUGGAAGUCAACAUCAGAGAGGCCAUGUACGAAGCCGAAGACGUCUUCGAUUCCAAUCUCUCCAAUUUCGUCCUUUCCUCCGAAAGCGCAGGCUGGGCAGAAGAGAACUACAUGUCCAGCUUCUGUGAUGCCUUGGAGGGAGUCAUAAGUGCAGUCAAUUCCAUCGUCGAAAUGGCCGAGAAGAUUAGCCCUAAUGUUUCCGAUCGCCCCUUGUCGUCAAUACCAGAAGUCAGCCGCAGGAACAACUUGAUUGUGGGGCGUGAGGCUGACUUAAACCAUCUAACCGAUCGGCUCAUGGCGGGAUCUGACGCGCUCCAAACAGUUCCAAUUUUGGGGAUUUCCGGGAUUGGUAAGACUCAUCUCGCUCGAAUUGUUUAUGAGGAUCCAGACAUUGUGUCAAAAUUCAGAUUGCGUGCCUGGGUUAAAAUAUCCCAGGAAUACAGCAAAAAGGAGGUAUUGCUGAGCCUUCUGCAUUCCCUGAGAAAGCUCGGAAGUGGAAAGGGUCAGGAGCGUACGGAAGAUGAGCUGGCUAAGCUUCUCUUCAGAAUCUUGAGGUCGGGGAAUUAUCUUAUUGUGUUGGAUGAUGUUUGUAACCCUGAGGCCUGGGAUAAUCUUGAAGAAUUGUUCCCGGAUUACAAUAAUGGAAGCCGGGUCAUGUUAACAACGAGGCGAAAGGAAGUAGCUGAGUCUGCCGCCGGCAGCCAAGGGGGUUUUGAGGAAAUUUUACCCUUCAACGAGGAAGAAUCGUGGAGCCUGCUUCAGAGUGUGGUCUUUCGUUACAAGCCGUGCCCAGAGGAACUAGAAGAAACUGCGAGGCGCGUUUCGGGCAACUGCAAAGGACUCCCUCUAGCAAUAGUCACUGUUGGAGGGGUGCUUAUGGAGGCCGGCCCAAAGGAUUGGGAGAUUGCAGCUUCUUCUCUCGGUGACUGUGGCAACUGCGAUGAGCUCAUAGACGCAGUCAUGUUAUUGAGCUACAAGAGCUUGCGACAGCACGUCAAGCCGUGCCUUCUCUACAUGGGGAUUUUCCCAAAUAAUUACGAGAUACCCGUGGCGAAGCUCCUUAAAUUGUGGAUUGCUGAAGGAUUUAUUGAGAAGAUGAGCCAGCUUCAAAGCUUGGAGGAAGUGGCGGGGGAGUGCUUGUCGCAGCUUGUGGACAGAGGUAUCGUUUUGGUUUCUGAGCAGAGCCCCAUUGGCAAGACGAAAACUUGCAGGAUUGAUGGAGUUUAUCACGAGUUUCUGAAGAAGAAGGCUGAGGAGGAGAAGUUCUUCCAUGUUGUAAACGGCUACACAAGCUGUUUUCCGGAUGAAACUUGGACUCAGGGACGGUUUUGCAUUCUUAAUAACAUCCAUUUCGCCAACAGAGAUGAGUUGAAGGCAAAGGAAUCAGUUCCAACUGUGCGUUCUCUGCUUUUUGGUGGUGCACAAGAGCAGUUUCCAUUAUGGGUGCACUUAGAUUUCAAGCUGCUGAGGGUGUUGGAUGCUCUUAAAGUUCGGUUCUACAGUUUCCCAGAUGAAGUUCUCAAAUUAGUUCAUUUGAGGUACCUUGCUCUCACCUAUAACGGCGAGAUCCCCGAAUCCAUUUGUGGGCUUUGGAACCUUCGGUUCUUGAUUGUUCUUCGACAUCUCAGCAGCAAAAUCUCUGAAGCUGUGUCGCUUCUGCCGUUAGAGAUCUGGAAUCUGAAUGAAUUGAGGCAUCUCCAGUUGAUGGGAAGUGACUUGCCGGAUUCUUCCACACCAACUCCACGCCUAGAAAACCUUGUAACGCUUUUAGAUGUGAGCUCCCACAGCUGCACCCCAGGAAUUCUGCAACGAGUUCCCAACUUGAGGAAAUUAGGGGUUCGGAUUGAAUCACCAGCGUUAGAUGCUGCUGAAGAUUUCAGCUUUCUCACUCAUCUCAUCACUCUUCAACACCUUGAAUCAUUCAAAUGUGUAGUUAUGCAUCCUGAUUUUGCGUCUCAAGUUGUAUCUUCCAUUCCUUGCUUCCCCACCACUCUUACAAAGUUAUCUUUGAGUGGAUGUGGAUUGUCUUGGGAUAUUAUGAAGGUGAUUGCCAUACUGCCGAAUCUUGUAUCAAUGAAACUGCGAUGGUAUGCCUUCCGGGGCUCCGAGUGGAAGCAGGAGGGAGAUGGCCGCGAGCACAAGGACUUCCCACGGCUGAAAUUCUUACUGCUUGAAGACUUGGAUAUAGUGUGGUGGAAAGCCAGCAGCGGAAACUUCCCUUUGCUGACAAAUCUGGUUAUUAGGCACUGCUACAAAUUGCAAGAGAUCCCUAGUGGAAUUGGCAAUAUCCCAACAUUGAAAAAGAUAGAACUGGUUGAUUGCAGCUCAGCCGCGGUGAAGUCCGCCCAAAAGAUAAAGGAUGAUCAACGGAGCAAAGGAUUUAUUCAAGUCGACUUUCAUUCUUCACGUGAUGAUUAG